AUGGCUUGGACCUAUAUGUUGGCUAUGCGGUUUGUUGACUCGUCUAACAACCUCUCCGCGUCUGCUGCUGAGAGGAACUGCCUCACAGCCCGAGUGCAGGAGCUUGAGGAAGAGCUUAAUGGAACCAAUGCUAAGUUGUCAGAGGUCCAGACCCAAUUUUCCAACUUGUCAUUGAAGAGGAAGGAAAUAAGGGCCAAGACUAAGAGGUUAGAAGGCAAGGUCACCCGCUUGGAGCGUGAGCUCCAGGAAGCCAAGGCCACUGCGGACACAUCUCAGCAGAGGGUUACCCAAUUGGAGGCCGAAGUCGAGGCCCUCAGGGCCGAGCUUCAGUCGACGCAGGAGAGGAAUGCUUCCUUGGAGACGGAGAGGGCCACCACCGAGUGCAGGUCCAUAGAUCGUGCCCUUUACAAUGUGUGGAGGCAAGAUCCUAAUUUUGACUUCUCCUCUUUUGACAUGGACUCCGAGAAUGUAUUCAACAUAUACAGUGCCCCCGAGGCUCCUGAAGCUCCCCUGAGCAAGAAGAAAAUGAGCGAACGGCUUCCCGAGGAAAGCAAUAAAGCACCUCCGGCCAAGAAAACCCAUACUUCAGGCCCUCCGGUAGACGGACCUUCAACAAACGUAACACCACCUCCUUCUCCUCUCGAGCAGCAAACUCCUCCUGCUCCUGUCGGGUCGACACCUUCCCCAUCUGCCCUAACCGACCAUACUCAGCAGGCUGCUCCUGCUUCCACAGGCGGCGACUUAUCGAGUCGCGCCUUAAGAUCGGUCAAAGACAGGGUAGCCAAAAUUUUGAAGCACGAACGCUGCCGAGAGGUGAUGGUUGUGACGGAGAUGAUGGACGUCGACCAGAUCUUAACCCGCGCAUUAAAUGAUUUUUCCAGUGUAAGCAAUGUUGACCCUUACUGCCAGCGGCUCCGCUCGGGUGCUAUCACCAAGCAGUCUAAGGCUUUGGAGCAACGACAUGUUGAAGAACUCAAGGCUGUCGAAGCGCAAUACGCUGAACAGCUUGAGGUAUUGCUUGAGGAGAAGAACAAACUGGUUGAGGAGUUAAGGGAGAAGCAAACUGCUUUGGAUAAGGCCGUGGAGCAAAGGGACAACUUCAAGGAGUCUAACCGCAUCAACUACCAUGCAGCUAAAAAGCUCGAGGAGGACUUGACCGCGAGCAGACAGGAGACCGCAACAUUGGAGCGCCAAAUCGAGAAGCUUGAAGAAACAAACGCCGACAAACUUGCCUGGAGCAAGAACGCCGCGGUUAAGUGUUUCUAUGACUUCUGGACACACAACCAAGAGGCUGAUUUCAGCUAUCUUCCCGAGCGCGCAAGGCAUGCUGAGAUAGCCUGCUGCGUUGCUCAAUUGGCGGAAGAAAAGAGAGCAAGGUACACGGCCUACGGGUCGUGA